UUCAGAACAGAAGAUAAAGAAAAAAUAGCCAGUCUUAUUCGGUGUUAUGUUGGUGUAAAGAUGUUACUGAAAAAGUCAAUUAUUCUUUGUUUAUCAAUUUGCAUUUUAUUUGUGAAUUCUGAAGAGAUAAACGAUGGCAAUAUUUCUCAUAGUGAAACAUAUUCAUCUCAUAUCAACUCAGUUUUAAAUUAUUUAAAUGCUAAACCAAAUAAACUUUAUGCCUACAAAAAAGGAUCUCUCAUUAAUGCUCAAAAUAGGGCUGACAUUGUUGAAGUAACAAUUGAAAUUGAUGUAGACUGUAUUAAUAAAUAUCCAGAAAUUCCUUGUAAUGAACAUUCACUUAUAUGCAAUGCCUUUAUUGGUCAAACACCUGAAAAAAUAGCAUCUUAUGAAAUUCUAAGUGAUGUAAGAUGUAGUCCCAAAUUUGAUAGUUCAGUAGAUGAAGAAGAUGUAGUAAAAGUUAAAGCACCUGUAGUUGCUUCAGUAGACCCUCAAGGACAAAAUAGCAAGAUUGAAUUAAGUAAUGAAGCCAUGUCUCCUGAGCAAGAAAAACCAGAUUUUAUAGCCACGCGCGCAGAAGCUCCAUGUUUGGGAUGUCCUUUUGACUUGAAUCCUAAUGCUCAAGGUGUAGAUGAACUAAUAUAUACCGCUACAAGGCAUAUUGAAAGUGAAAGAAAUCAAAGACAUAAAGUCACUAAUAUUAGAAAAUUACAACAACAGAUUGUGAAUGGAGUUAAAUACAUUUUAGUUGCAGAAUUUGCUCCCACUACUUGUCCUACCAAUGCUGAUAUGUCAGCACCAUGUCCUCUUGAUACUAAUUCAGAUACCUUUAUCUGUGAAAUUAAUUUCAUACAACAACCCUGGAUUCAUAGAGGCAAACACAUUAUUAAUAAUAACUGUACAGUCUCUCAAGAGUUUGCCCCAGUUGAUUCUUAUGGUACAAAUGAUGCUCAGAAUGAAAUUGUAGAACACAGAAGUGACAGCCCUUCUUCAGAGGAUACAUCUUUACCUCAUGUACCCAGCCAUAGUGCGAUUGAUGAAGAUAAUAAUGCUUGGUUAGCUGAUUUAGAAUCUCAGAUCCUUACUGAUCAAGCAUCAAGUGCUUCCCAAGAUAGGAAUACAAAUCAGAUUGAAACUUCUAAAUCUAUUGAACAUCCUGAAAUUAUGAGAAUUGCUGAAUCAUUGUUUGUUCCUCAGUACAUGAAAGAUCCAGAUCUUAAAAUUGAACCUUUAAAUGCUGAUUCGCAAAAUACAUUAUAUAGUAACAUGCAAUAUACAAAUGAAGAACCAGUCCUUACUAUUUAUCAGCCACCCAGGGAAUCUAUAAGAGACCCUGGAAUUGAGUUUACCAACAACCAAGAUUUUUACAAUCCACAAUGGCCCGAUGUAAUGACUGACUUUGAGCAAGUAAGAUAUAGAAGGGAUGACAGUCCUGAGUCUAAAUCUAGUUCAGAAGAAGACAAUGUAGCCAACAGGAACAAUACUACAUUAAGUAAGCACCCCAUAGAGCCAAUAGCAACAACCGAACAAAUAAGAAAGAGAAGGGAUGAAAGUGCUGAGUCAAGUUCUAGUUCUGAAGAAGAUAAAGUAGCUGAUAAAAAUAAUAUAACAAUAAGCAAGGUACAAGUAGAACAGGCAGCAACUCUUGAAACAGUUACCCUUCCUGUUGGUGUUGUUAAAAGAGAAACAAGCAAUAGUCCUGAAGAAAGUUCAGAGGAAAAUAAAAAACAAUCACAUAUUAAAACUUCUCUUAGAACAAAAAGAGAAGCCAAAAGAGACAAUGAAGAUUCCAGCAGCAGUUCUAGUAGCGAAGAAGAUGAGAAAAAUAAUAAUAAUAAUAAUGAAAAAUCUAACAAGAUUGAAAAUUCUUGCGAGAGCAAAAAAUGUAAAGGUGCUAAAGGACACAAUGGACAUGAAGAAAAUAAUGGUAAUGAUAGUAGCAGCAGCAGCAGUAGUAGUGAUGAAGAGAAAAAUAAUCAUAGACAUAAGAGAUCAAUUGGACAAAUGGAAAAAAUAUCUCAUGAAGAAAAGUCAAUUGUGAGAGAUCUAGCAACCUUUGCUGCUUCCACCUUAGACAGCAUUGACGAAGACCACCAUAAGAGAGUAAUACUGCAGAUUUUAGGUGCCAAGAAAUUAAAACUAGACGGCAUAUAUUAUCAAAUCAUUCUAAGACUUGGAAUUUCCCAUUGUCUCGAAGGAGAUCAUCAUGAAAGUUGCAGGGAAAAGCUGUAUACUAACGCAACUAAAAUUUGUAAAGUCCAAGUUCACGUAGAUGACGACUAUUCAAAUCCAAAAGUAGUUAAGUCUCAGUGCCAAAAUAUCAAGAAAGAUGCAAACGACAGAAACAGGACAAAUUAUAGUCGCUACAGGCGCAGAGCAUCUCCAAUAGGUGCGGUUGGAGCGCCUGGCAGUAUUUCUAAUGAUGAUUCAAGAAUUCAACCUUAUAUUCAAGCUGCUUUAACACAUUUAGAUUCAACAAGUCAAGAACAACAUAAACUUAAGGUUAUAAAUGUUAUUUCGGCAACCUCUCAAGUAGUGGCUGGUCAGAAAUACGUAAUCACAGUUAAUUUAGGAUUAUCUGAUUGUAAAAAGGAUGAUGAAAGUAAGGACGUACAAUCUUGUGGAUUGUUAGAUGGACACGAGCCAGAAGAAUGUGUUGUUGAAGUAUGGGAAAGAAUUUGGCUGAAUAGUCGGGAAUACACUGUAAAAUGUCCAAGUAAAGUCCACAAUUUUAAGACAAAAGCAAAGGCAGAGAGACGUAAAAGAGAGAUAGACACAAUUUAUAGAAGGAAACAAUUAUUACAUUCAAACAUAAUAGAUGAAGAUACUAAAAAAUUUGUCAAAAUAAUUCUGGAAUAUUUGUCAUCUAAAACACCAAAGAAUAGUGGAUAUGAACUAAAGAAGAUUAGACAAGUCACUAAAAAUUCGACACAAGUACACAUUAAUUUGGAUAUAGCUUUUUGUCAAAAAGUCAAUCUUUAUCGCAGUUCAUUCCUGGUGUGUCCAGAUAUAAGAAAAUAUACCAAUUGCGAUCUAGAUGUUUUUGAUCAACGUUCGCCAGGAUAUAGAUUAAAUAUGAAGAUUAAAUGCUCAAAUGAUGACGAGAUAUAUACGUACAUAUAUAAUAGACUAUCAAAUGAAAUAGAAGAUACAUUAGACGUUCAGUUAUCUUUUAAUGAGUUUGUGAAUAAAUAUAGAAAAAUUUACUAUGACGAACGUGAAUACAAAUAUCGUUUCAAGGUUUUCUCUGAUAACUUAAACAAGAUCGACCUGCUCAAUAAAUAUGAACAAGGAACAGCCGUUUAUGGCAUUACACAGUUUGCUGAUAUGACAGAGAAAGAAUUCUCAAAAUCUAGAGGUUAUAGAGCGGAUUUAAGAAAUGAAAACGAUAUACCUUUUCCCCAGGCCCAAAUACCAAAUAUCAAAUUGCCUGAUAAUUUUGACUGGCGCAGUAAAAAUGCCGUGACCGAAGUAAAAAAUCAAGGAAUGUGCGGUAGUUGUUGGGCUUUUAGCGUCACAGGUAAUGUUGAAGGGCAAUAUGCGAUUAAGCAUGGAAAAUUGCUGGAAUUCUCUGAACAAGAACUGGUAGAUUGUGAUAAGUCAGAUGAAGGUUGCAAUGGAGGUCUGAUGGACAAUGCGUAUAGAGCCAUAGAAAAACUUGGUGGUUUAGAAGGCGAAUCUGACUAUCCUUACGAGGGAGACGACGAAACAUGUCACUUCAAUUCUUCCAAAAUCGAAGUUAGGCUAAGUGGAGCCGUAAACAUCAGCCACGACGAAACUGAUAUGGCUAAAUGGUUGGUACAGAAUGGUCCCAUUUCCAUAGCAAUCAACGCCAACGCUAUGCAGUUCUAUUUCGGAGGCGUCUCUCAUCCUUGGAAAGCACUGUGUAGUCCUGAUAAUCUGGAUCAUGGAGUGUUGAUUGUUGGCUAUGGGGUUAAGCAAUAUAAUUUGUUCAACCGGACAAUGCCUUAUUGGAUCGUAAAAAAUUCAUGGGGAACUUCAUGGGGCGAACAAGGAUAUUACAGGGUGUAUCGCGGAGAUGGUACCUGUGGUCUAAACCAAACUCCUUCUAGCGCUAUAGUAGAAUAGACCAUUUUUAACCUAUAUUACAUAACAUUGUCUUCGGUCACUUAACUAGUUAAAAAUAUAUAAAUUUUGAUUUUAAUGUAGUAGAAGUUAGUUCUAAUACUGAAGACGUCUUUUUGUAAAGGUUAAAUAUUUAUGGUUGUAACUUAUAAUUAAUAAUCAAUUUUAGUUAGUAAAGAAGAGUGGAAUAUUCUCUAUUUUUUCAGUAAUAAAAAAAACUAAGACAAAAAGUACAAAUACAAAAAAAAAGUUUAUUUUAAAUAAUUCAUGACAAAAAUAUAUUUUCAUACAAAAUUUAUUUUGAGUUAUAUACCUAUGUUGAAUUUUGAAUCUCUAAUGACAAAAAAAAUAGAUGUGAUAAAAAUACUCUUUUAUUUAUAUAUUUUAAUAUAUAAAAUUGGACAAAAUGUUGUUCUUAAAUGGAUAGAAAUUAUGUGGCCAAAAAAUCUUUAUUUGUAUGUAUAUUUGUGAUAUAACUAACUCUA